CAUAUUUAUAAUGGUUGUUGGUUGUGCAGUUGGGAUGGAUCUACGGCUCUAUCACAGAGGAUAUCCUCACAGGUUUUAAGAUGCAUUGCCGUGGUUGGAGGUCCAUAUACUGUAUGCCCGAGUUGCCUGCAUUCAAGGGGUCUGCUCCUAUUAAUCUGUCAGAUCGUCUCAACCAGGUGCUUCGUUGGGCUCUAGGAUCUGUUGAGAUCUUUUUCAGUCGUCACAGCCCUGCCUGGUAUGGCUACAAGGGUGGAAAACUCAAAUGGCUCGAGCGGUUGGCAUAUGUUAACACAACUGUCUAUCCCUUCACCUCCAUACCUCUCCUUGCCUAUUGUACCCUCCCUGCCAUCUGCUUGCUCACUGGAAAAUUCAUUAUGCCAGAGAUAAGCACCUUUGCAAGUCUCUUCUUCAUUGCUUUGUUCCUUUCAAUUUUUGCGACGGGCAUUCUUGAGCUGAGGUGGAGUGGAGUAAGCAUAGAGGAAUGGUGGAGAAAUGAGCAAUUUUGGGUGAUAGGUGGCGUGUCUGCACAUCUCUUUGCUGUUGUACAAGGUCUUCUUAAGAUUUUGGCUGGAAUAGAUACCAACUUUACUGUCACAUCCAAGGCAUCAGAUGAUGAGGAUUUUGCAGAACUAUACGCUUUCAAAUGGACUACACUCCUAAUCCCUCCAACCACUCUCUUGAUCAUCAAUCUUGUUGGGGUUGUGGCUGGAAUCUCUGAUGCCAUAAACAAUGGGUCCCAAUCAUGGGGUCCACUAUUUGGAAAGCUCUUCUUUGCUUUUUGGGUAAUUGUUCAUCUCUACCCAUUCCUCAAAGGUCUCAUGGGGAGGCAGAACAGGACACCCACCAUUGUUGUUAUAUGGUCAGUGCUUUUGGCUUCUAUCUUCUCCUUGCUUUGGGUCAGAAUUGACCCAUUUGUGUUAAAAACCAAGGGACCUGAUGUCAAGCAAUGCGGAAUUAAUUGCUAAGCAUAUUAUUUGUGUUCCUUUUGAGAGCUGCUCUUCAGCAAAGUUUGUGGGUAUUUUUGUAUAGGCCAAUGGAGUGAUGGAAGAAAGAAUAAAUCCAAGGUGAAAAGUUUUGUUAGCCUAACCUAUUGUACUCUGGUGCUUUUUUUUU